GCUCGCGUAACUGCCUCGUCUUCUGUCAGUAUACAAUUGACACAAUAUGUUAGGUACAUUUCCCUUCUGGGAAUGGGGUUAUGACGCGGAAGACCCUACGCUGUCACCUCUCUUUGACGGAUCAGAUACAUCCAUCGGUAGCAACGGCGCAUUUGUUCCUCAUGAAGGCCUCGAAAUUCACCAGGCUUACACCAACGUGACCCUCAAGCUUGAGCCCGGAUCUGGUGGCGGCUGCGUCAUGUCGGGUCCCUUCUCCAAAAUGACUGUCAACCUUCCAGUCGUUCAGAACACCGACACCCCCCUCGCUGCUGACCCGCGCUGCCUGCAGCGAGACCUGAACAAGCACGUCUCUUCUCGACACACUACUUUCCGAAACACGACGCUCCUUCUUACUGAGCACAAUACGCUUGAGUCUUUCUGGGGUUUUUUGAACGGCGAUGAUCGUUACAUUAACCCCUUUGAGCUGGGAGUUCAUGCGGCUGGCCAUUGGCAGCUCGGAGGCGACUCUGGCAACAACUUCUUCAUCUCUCCGGCUGACCCGGCGUUCUUCCUGCACCACAGCCAGAUCGACCGCGUUUAUUGGAUCUGGCAGAUGCUUGAUUGGGAGAACAGGCAGGAUAUCUUUGGUACUGUCACGAUGCAAAACAUCCCCCCGAGCCGUAACGGCACUUUGGACGACCUUGUUGAUCUUCGCCCGCUGGCUGAGCCGAGAAAGUUGAGGGACCUGAUGAGCACGUUUGGUAUUGGUGGCUCCCCAUUCUGCUACGUCUACGAAGGGUGAUUGUUUUUGUGGCAUCAGAUCAAGAC